AUGUCUGAUGGUUCAACUAAGAUCAGAUGCAACCUUUGUAAAAGGUUUUACUUCUUGAAUCUUCGUAGGAAUGGAAACUCAACUCUGACUCGUCAUAUGAAAGUAUGUCCAAAAGCUGUUGGAACACCUAGAAGUAGUUCUAGGAAGGUGGAUAUGAUGGUGUUUCGUGAGAUGAUAGUUAUGGCCAUUAUAGAGCAUGAUCUUCCUUACAAGUUUGUAGAGUAUAAGAGGAUUAGAAUGAUUUUUACUUAUGCUAAUUCCAGUAUUGAGUAUUGGAGCAGAAACACAACACCUUCUGAUGUGUUGAAGAUUUAUGAAAAUCUGUGGAGGGCUAUCACGAUUGAAGGGUAUCUCUGCUUGACUGCACACUACGUCGAUGAUGAUUGGAAUUUGCAAGCGAAGAUAUUGUCGUUCAUUGCUUUUCCUCCACCUCAUUCGGGAAUAGCCAUUGCUAUGAAGCUUAUUGAGCUGCUGAAAGUGUGGGGACUGGAAAAAAAGAACAUCACGUUGUUUCGCGCAUCCAAACGUCGAUGCUUUGCUGUUUUUGUCGUAGCGAAGCCUAAUUUCUCAGUUAACGUUCCCCAAACUCUCAUAUCCCUUUACAGUAGCGAAGCCAAAAGUGAGAUCAAUCUCUGCGCCGAUCAAGUGUUCGACAGAAUGCUUCUGUGUGGAGAUAUGGCGACGACCAAGUUCGCUUCUCCCGUUUUAAUGGCGAAAUCAACCGAAUCGAGUAAAAGAAACAACAAGAGAUCUAUAAGGAUGUUCAAGUGCAGAGCCGCCGGAGCUGACGGCGGACGCGCGACCGUCGGAGACGACGUGUUUUCCGUCACGACUGCUUCCAAGUACGAAGUGGACUAUCUGGGUCAAAGCACCAAGGGAGAUUUGAAUCUCAAGCUUGACCCUCUCCACUCAUUUGGAAAUGGGCAGGCUACGUUGGAGGGUCCCAUUGAGGAGGUAGCGAGGGCAGAGGCUCAAGCUGCUGAGAAUUUGAUUAGAGAACUGGGUAUCCAAGGUCCUUUCUCUGCUCAACACUCUCCUCGUGGUAUAUUCUGUAGUCGUACAUUGAAUCUACGGUCCAUUAGUGCAAUUGGAUAUGAUAUGGAUUACACUCUGAUGCACUACAAUGUCAUGGCUUGGGAAGGAAGGGCUUAUGAUUACUGCAUGGAAAAUCUAAAGAACAUGGGUUUCCCUGUUGAUGGACUUUCUUUUGACCCUGAACUGGUUAUCAGGGGGCUCAUGAUUGACAAAGAGAAAGGAAACUUAGUCAAGGCUGAUAGAUUUGGGUAUGUGAAGAGAGCCAUGCACGGUACAAAGAUGUUAUCAAACAAAGCUGUCAGUGAUAUCUAUGGAAGGGAGUUAGUUGAUCUCCGGAACCAGAGUCGUUGGGAGUUUCUCAAUACAUUUUUUUCUGUUUCAGAGGCUCUGGCUUAUGCACAGAUGGUUGAUAGAUUGGAUGAUGGAUCCAUUUCGGCAGAUCUUGGCAUUCUUGAUUACAGAGGACUGUACAAGGCUGUUGCAAAAGCUCUCUUCCGAGCACAUGUUGAAGGACAACUUAAGAGUGAGAUAAUGUCCAAGCCGGAACUAUUUGUGGAGCCAGACCCUGAACUACCUUUAGCUCUUUUGGAUCAAAAGGAGGCUGGUAAAAAGCUGUUGCUUAUCACAAACUCAGAUUAUCACUACACAGACAAAAUGAUGAAGCAUUCGUUUAAUAAGUUCCUUCCUAAUGACAUGGACUGGAGGGAUCUUUUUGACAUGGUGAUAGUUUCUGCGAGGAAACCAGAGUUCUUCCAGAUGUCACAUCCUUUGUACGAGGUUGUGACUGGAGAGGGUUUAAUGCGUCCAUGCUUCAAGGCUGAAACAGGAGGUUUGUACUCAGGAGGAAGUGCUCAGAUGGUAGAGAACUCACUCAACGUUCACGGAGAUGAGAUUUUGUAUGUUGGCGACCACAUCUACACUGAUGUCAGCGUGUCCAAAGUUCAUCUCAGGUGGCGAACUGCACUGAUUUGCCGUGAACUGGAAGAAGAGUAUAUGGCUUUAAUCGGUAGUCGUGGUCACAGAGAAGAGCUAAUAGAGCUUAUAAAUCAAAAGGAAGUAGUUGGGGAUCUCUUUAACCAGCUUCGGCUUGCUCUGCAAAGAAGAAGCAAAGGCCGUCCUGCUCAGACCCUAGCUGCCACCAACCUGGCUGAUCAAGAACUGACAGAGACCAUGCAGAAGCUUCUCAUUGUAAUGCAAAGACUAGAUGACAAAAUUGGUCUAAUGCUUGAAUCAGACGGCGAGCUCUUCAACAAAAGGUGGGGCUUCCUUUCACGUGCUGGUUUGUGGGACAAAAGCCAUUUGAUGAGACAAAUCGAAAAGUAUGCUGACAUAUACACAUCAAGAGUCUCCAACUUCCUCAACUACACACCUUUCAUGUAUUUCCGCUCGCAGGAGCAGUCACUGGCUCACGAUUCUCCACUUCCUAAUGCGGCUGUGGAAAUUCCUGAUGCGGCUAUGGAAAACUAGCGGUGAUUGUGUUGUAAUCUUGUUUUAUAAAAAAGAAGUGUGGAUAGAAGUGUAACAGUAGACAAUCUGAAGCUCAAAGACUUUUUUUUUUAAUGUAUAAAUGUGUAAUAUUCAUAUUCUCUGAACUAAGUUGAAGCUAGCUGGCCUUGGUUGGUGUAAUGCUAUUCUUUUGAUUUUGUGUGUUAUCUUGUAUGAUGCUUCACAGUCUUUUGACAUCAGAAGCAGUUUGUGCAAAAGACUAUUUGUAUAAAGCGUUUGGUGAAUAUUUGAAGUAAGGGUCUUAUGAUUA